AGGAGGGUUGACAUUUUUGUCCAUUAACUUUAGUUGCAACUUUGCCCCCUACGUUUGCUACCGCAAACGUAUCUAAACGUAGUUAUUUCUGCAUAAUUUAGGGAGAUAACGUGUUGGCAUAAAGAGUCUUACUGCCGGAAAAACUAGUUUUCAAACAGUCAUGGAGAUUUAUUUCGCUGGCAAACGGGCCAUGGUCACUGGAGCAGGAAAAGGGAUCGGGAGGGCCACUGCCCUGGCUCUGGUGCGCUGCGGGGCGGAGGUCACGGCAGUCACACGGACGAGCGCCGACCUGGACAGCCUCCUGCUGGAGUGUCCGUCCAUCAGGCCGGUGUGCGUGGACCUGGCGGACUGGGAGGCCACAGAGGCGGCUCUGGCUGGGGCAGGUCCCGUGGAUCUCCUGGUAAACAAUGCCGCCUGCGCCAUACUGCAGCCCUUUUUGGACGUCACUCCGGAGCAGUUUGACAAGUCCUUCAACAUCAAUGUGAAAGCUGUGCUCCACAUUUCCCAGCUGGUGUCUCGGGGUAUGAAGGCCAGAGGGACAGGAGGCUCCAUCGUCAACAUCUCCAGUCAGGCGUCCCAGUGUGCCCUCAGGGACCAUGCUGUCUAUUGUGCCACAAAGGGAGCUCUGGACAUGCUGACCAAGGUGAUGGCCCUGGAGCUGGGGCCUCACCAGAUCCGGGUGAACAGCGUGAACCCCACCGUGGUGAUGACCGAGAUGGGCCGGCUGGGCUGGAGCGACGCUGAAAAGGCCAGAGCCAUGACCUCACGCAUCCCACUGGGCCGCUUCGCAGAGGUAGAGGAUGUGGUGAACUCCGUUCUGUUCCUGCUGAGUGAUAAGAGCUCCAUGACUAAUGGGGUCACGCUGCCAGUGGAUGGCGGCUUCCUGGCCUGUUGACCCCUGACCUCCUUACUCUGGAUCCCUAUUAGCUGAAUCUUUCCUCUGACCUCCUUAUUCUUGCAUUGGCUAGUCUCACCUCACAUGUACAACAUACCUAAAUCAUUCUGUAACCUGAGUUUCUUAUGUUACUGAUUAAAUA